AUGAACAAAAAUGGAACAGCUAAAAUGAAUGAUAAUCAAAUAAGAGCCGAAGGUAGAAGGUUAUUUAAACGCUUCUAUAACAUUCCUGAUGGUGUUAAUCCUAAAACUCGUAGAAGUUAUUUAAAUGAAGCAAUAGAUUCAUAUGAAGGGUUUGACAUUUCAUCAGAAAGUGAGAGGUUAGCAAGAAUGUUAAAUGUUAAUAUUGAUUUCUAUUAUUGUGAUCCUCAACCAGAAGACGUGGACAUAAAUAAGGUAGACUUUCCAUUAGUGGAUUCAAUAAUGAUAGAUCCAGAAUUUGAAACAGUAAAUAUUUUAUUAACACAGAGUCCAUGUGGAAAACUUCACGCUGACAGAAUAACAGACGUUGAAGCACUCACAGGAUAUAAAGUUUGCCCCUUUUGCAAAGAAGAAGUUUAUUCUAUCCGUGAUGAUCCAGAAAGGAAAAACCAAAGAAGAUUUUUAAAACAUUGUGAGAAAUGUAAAGAA